AUGCGUCGGCUCCUGCGCAAUGGCAUUUGGCAGCCGCGCUGCGCCUCGAGCAAGGCGUGGCCCAGCCUCGCCGUGCUGGCCGUCGAUGCUGAGAGCGAGGUGGUGCAACAGAUUCAGCAGAUGAAGCCACAGCAGGUGAUGUUGGAAACCUGCGAUCAACGGAUGAGCUUCGCCGCGCAGGAGAAGACGGGAAAAGAUGCUGAAGUGCUGUCGCAUGUGGACGCCAUUGCCUUCGUCCAUGGUGGCCUGCGCAGCGCGCAGCUGCGCGGCUUGAGGAAGGCGGCGGAGGAGGUGGGUGCUCAAGUCUACUGUGUGGAUCGGUCAUAUCGAGAAACUCAAAACCGUGUGGCGAAGCGAUUGCUGAUGCAUCCAAAGGAGAUUGUCGGCUUCGCACGCUCUUCGCUGGUCUCGUUGGGCAGCCAGCAGGUGCCAGCGAAUGAUGCAGAGAGGUGUCCAGAGGCGGUUGAGAAGAUCUUGGGAGAGGAGCGAGAGGAGCACAUGGCGUCGGAGAUCCUGCGACGCCACGUCAGCGGCGCGCAGUGCCUGGUGCUCUGCUGCCCGGCCAGGAGAGAAGCGCUAGAAAGGCGCUUGGCACAACCCGAGGCGGAAUCGGCGAUUCCCGCAGUCGCCACAUCGAGGAUAUGGCCUUUUCUGCUUGUCCUGGUCUAUGUGGUCAUCCCCGGCUAUGGCACGACCUUCAUCUUCUGGCGCUUGGCCAAAGGAUUGGGUGCCGCCAUCUGCGGGGAAACUGCGGAAACUCUGCCGCCGGCCUCGGUGAAACCCGAUGACGCACUGGGAGAGCUUCGCGUUGCGCGCGCCAAAAAAUCCGGGGCCACAAGGGGAGCACAGCAAAGGACGGAGAUCAAUGGAGACCCCGGAUGGGUGCUACACCUGAAACUCGUGGUUGCAGAUUAUGACAUGAAGCAGAAGGCUUUGGGCAACACGCAGCUGGUCCACGUGAUGAAGGACAAGUUCGCCGCCAGUCGCGAUGCGUUAUCUCACACCCCGCAGGUGAAGCAAGCCAUGAUGAUCCGCUGGGAGGCUGCUUGCCACCAAGCUGGUGGGAAGGAGGUGGUACUAGGUGCAGCCGCUGCGGGUGGCACUGGAGGACUGUGUCUGGGAGCUUUGCUCUUUUCCGGCGAGUCCUCCGCCAGCGCUCAGCAACGCCUGGCUGAGACCCUCCAAGCGGCACAGCAGCGGAAUCGCACUGGGCUCAUCCGUGCGAAGCUGAGACGAGGCUUUCGGAAGCGCCUGAUCCUGGUGUCUGCCAGCUCUGCAGCAGCGGCAGCCUACUUGUGCACCCUGCCCACUGCCAUGGAAGGUGGCUUUGGCCCAAUGGCACAGCUGAGCGGCCUCGCCAGGCGCUUAGGUCGCUCGGGAAGUGCAUUUGGUCGCACCAUGUGUGGCGACACAGAGGGGAACCAGUUUGGGCGAGGAAUGUGGAUGUUCAUUUCUUCGGGGCAGGUGAUGGUAAAUGACUGA